AUGAAUAUCAAAUAACAGAAUCGUGCUGCAGCCUGCAGGACGUGAAAAUAUAAUAUAAAUUAUAAUACAUAUUAUUAUUAAUAAUAUUAUAGUUUCACGCACGAUUCAAGACUUAAGUAUACAACAUAAUAUUAUAAAUUUAACGUAGCUUAUAGGUGUAUUUUUAAAUCGUAAUUUAUUAUUUAUAAUGUCAAUCAUAUCGUUUAAAGGAUUUAGUUAUGCUGGCAAAAUUGUUAAAGUACCGAUUGUUCAGUGUUUUUUAGCACGAAAUGCAUCGAUUAAAAAUGAAGUACAAGACUUUGAUGUUGUCACAACCACCGCGGAGAAAACUUUGUCGGAAAAAGAAGUGCGAGCAAUUUGUGACAAAUCUCGCUUGAACCAUGGACAUCGCAACUUGGUAAAUGGUCGACUACCUUAUGACAAGCCUGUGCAUAGAUACCACAACACAGUAAAAUACAAAAGAAAAAUGUAUGGCCGUUAUGGUGAUGCCAGUAAUGUUUUGCCGGGCUUGGCAUGGCCAACAGCCGAAGACUUGGCGGAUGUAAGAGAAUAUGAAAGUUUAGCUUAUCCGUUGACCAUUCAAGAGAUGCAAAAAAAUGCACUGGACCUUAUAGAAAGUAAACAACAAGAAAUUCAAACGAAUCAGCAAAGAAUUGAUAACAAUAUGAAGAAAUUAAACGGUUGGUUAAAAGAAGUCAAGGAAAAGUCAGCUAAAAAAUUACUUGAGGCACAGCAAGCUAAAGAUAAGAAAGAAAAACUCAUUGAAGAAGUGAAAAAACAUUUUGGGUAUAAGAUAGAUCCUAAAGAUGACAGAUUUAAAGAAAUGCUGGUCAAGAGAGAAAAAGAAGAGAAGAAGAAAGUCAGAGAAGAAAAGAAAAAAGUUCGUGAAGAAAAACUCCUGAAUUAUUUAGACUCAAAAUUGAAAUAGAUAUUAGUAAUAAAAAAUUAUUUUUGUAUAUUAUAAAUGUAAACAAAAUAAAUAUUAAAUAAAUAAGAAUUAUUGUUUAUUA